CUGAUAGCCCAGCUCCUCACACAGACACACAACCUCUGGUCCUAACAGCGUUAUCCACGAGUGGCAACAUGGACUUUGUGUACGACUUUGACGAGAACAUCACUGACAACAUCUCAGAGGGGUCUGGAGACUUGGACCUGGACUUCCAGGAGCCAUGUGGCAGCGCUCUGAGCAGCGACUUCAACAAAAUCUUCCUUCCCACGGUUUACGGAAUAAUAUUCGUCCUGGGGGUCAUUGGCAAUGGACUAGUCGUUGUUGUCAUGGGCUACCAGAAAAAGGUCAAGACCAUGACGGACAAGUACCGGCUCCAUCUCUCCGUGGCCGACCUCCUGUUCGUCCUCACUCUGCCCUUCUGGGCCGUGGAUGCGGUCAAAACCUGGUACUUUGGAAGUUUCCUCUGUGUGUCUGUGCACAUGAUCUACACAGUCAACCUGUACAGCAGCGUGCUCAUCCUGGCCUUCAUCAGUCUAGACAGGUACUUGGCAGUGGUACGGGCGACUAACAGCCAAGCUACGAGGAAGCUGCUUGCGAGCCGGGUGAUCUACGUGGGUGUGUGGCUGCCUGCAGCCAUACUCACUGUGCCUGACUUGGUGUUUGCCAGGGUGCAGAGUGUGGGGUCUUCGAGUUUCCUCUUCACAGACGAGAGUGUGGAGACCGCAGACGCCAGGACUAUCUGCCAGCGCAUCUACCCAGAGGCAACCAGCCUCACGUGGACAGUUAUAUUCCGCUUCCAGCACAUCCUGGUGGGCUUCGUCCUGCCCGGCCUGGUCAUCCUCAUCUGCUACUGCAUCAUCAUAGCCAAGCUCUCGCAAGGUACCAAGGGACAGGCGCUGAAAAAGAAAGUGCUGAAGACCACAGUCAUCCUCAUCCUGUGUUUUUUCUGCUGCUGGCUCCCCUACUGUGCUGGCAUCUUUUUAGACACCCUCAUGAUGCUGAAUGUGGUCCCCGUCACCUGUGAGCUGCAGCAGGCGGUGGAGAAGUGGAUUUCUAUUACUGAAGCGCUGGCCUAUUUUCACUGCUGCCUAAACCCCAUCCUCUAUGCUUUCCUGGGAGUCAAAUUUAAGAAAUCAGCCAGGAGCGCCCUGACACCCAACAGCAGAUCAAGUCAGAAAGUGACUCUCAUGACCAAAAAGCGCGGGCCAAUUUCAUCCGUGUCCACCGAGUCCGAGUCUUCAAGUGUUCUGUCGAGUUAACUAACGGCCAACCUCAGCGUCUGUGACUUGAAACUCUCAGGAGAAAACAAAGAAGCUAAGCUUUAACUUCAAAGGACUUACUACAUUUUGUACAGAUGUAAAGAAGAAAGAGUUUUUAUACUUUUGGAUUUGUUUGCUUUGUUUACUGCAAUUGUGUUUUUAAUGAGGGUUUUUUUAUUGAGAUUUUUUGUUUUUUUAUGCCAGAUUUUUGCUCCUCAAAGCAGAUUGUGUCCUCAGGCAGUGCCUCAUUUCCAUUCAUUCAGCUUUACAAUCAGGACCCAUUAUGUCUGUGUUCAUCUUUACAGUCUGUGAUGCUGUAUCAAAGCUCAGGCGUACAAAGCCCUUUUACUGUAGCUGCUUUCACAAACCUGUACAUAGUUUGUAGCAUUUGUGUGUUCGCACUUAAGUUGCGUGAUUACCUGAAAGCUAUUAUUUAUUUCUGUCUUUCACACUGGAAGUUUGUAAAAUAAAGAAACUGCAAGCUG